AAAUGCGAGUCCUUUAUAUUCAGGUCACUGGUUCCAGCAGUGGUCAGAGGAGAGACUAUUUCCUUGAGAAAUACUAUUUACUGCAGUCUGGGCUAUACUGUAUCUCACGGUUACCAUGACGUCGACCAUGUCCAUGAGGAGCUUCAGCACCAGCGGGCGCAAGCCCUCUUUCUCCAGCGCGUCCCUGCGAGAGAGCUCGUGGAAUCGAUCCCGGGCGCCCAUCUCCUUCACCUCCGCCUCCCUGUCCCGGGCCACCUCCGUGGGGAACAGCCUCAACGGGCUGGCCGUGCUCGGCGGCGCCGGGGUCCCAAACGAGAAGGAGACCAUGCAGGGGCUGAACGACCGCCUGUCCAAGUACCUGGAGAAGGUGCGCUCCCUGGAGAAGUCCAACGCGGAGCUGGAGCUCAAGAUCAAGAAGCUGAUGGUCGAGAGAGCCCCCAAGCCCCGCGAUAUUGAGGCCAUGAUGGCUCAGGCCCACGCACUCAGUCAGGAGGUCCGAAAAAAGUCCCUGGAAAAUGCUAGAAUCCUGCUGGAGAUCGAUAACGCCAAACUAGCUGCGGAUGACUUCAGAGUCAAGUGGGAGACGGAGGCUGCCUUGAGCCAGUCAGUGGAGAGAGACUGCCAGGCCUUGAGGAAGGCCAAGACUGACCACGAGCAGAUCAUCGCCUCUCUGAGAGGGGACCUGGACAGCCUGAAGGAGGAGCUGUACUUCAUCAAGAAGAACCAUGAGGAGGAGGUGGCGGCCCUCAGGGAUCGUUUAGCCAACGAGCAGGUGAACGUGGAGGUGGACGCGGCGCAGGGCCCGGACCUCGGGCUGGUUCUGGCCGAGCUGCGCGCCCAGUACGAGGGCAUUGCGCGGAAGAACAAGGAGGAGGCCGAGGCCUGGUACCAGAAAAAGCUGGAGACGGUGCAGGUGGAGGUGAAGGAGAGCAACGAGGCUCUGCAGAAUGCCCAGAGCGAGCUGAGCGAGAGGCGACGUUUCCUGCAGGGGCUUGAAGUUGAGCUGGACAGCCUUCGGAAGCAGGUGGGCGUGCUGGAGGACAACCUGGGGGAGAGCACCCAGAAAUACGCCGCGGAUAUGGAGAGCCUGCGGAUGAAGAUCGCCCAUCUGGAGGAGGAGCUCUCCCAGCUGCGCCUGGACAUGCAGCGCAACAAGACGGAUUACGAGCAGCUGCUCCGCAUCAAGCAGAACCUGGAGAUGGAGAUCGCCACCUACAGGCGCCUGCUGGAAGGAGAGGAAGUGCCUAAGGAGCCACCUCCACCCAAGAAGCCUGAUGUGAUGACGAGAAAGAUUGUGAAGGUUGUCACUCAGACCAUGAUUAACGGCAAGAUUGUGGAUGAGUCCAGCGAAGUGGAACAGAUUGAAGAGAAGAAAAAAUGAGACAAAUUUCGUGGUGCACAGAUAUUCCAAUGCCUAUUGUUAAACCUUAAACUGUUUCCUUUCUGGUCAUAGUGAAGUGUAGGGACUAUAUUCUAUAUGUUUCUAUUUUUGCUUUAUGGUGCAUUGAGAUACUGUAUUUUGUCAGAAAGUAACAAAACAAGCUUCACUGUUCCUGUCUUAUUUUUUUUUUUCCAUUGUUCUUAUGAUAUCUUAAUAUCUUCUGGUUAAGAACAGUAAUAAAGAAUUUCACACCAA